AUUCAAUCGCUGGCACAUAUAUUUGUAAACGCAUGAUUCGGUGUGACCCGGUGAGCUCAGCAUCAUCUCUUUAAUGUCCAUCGCCAUUAAAGCCCGAUAAUGUCCAUCCAAAAUUACUUACCUGUGUGAGAAUAGGAUACCCAAUAAUACACCAGAAGGGGCAUUACAGACAUCAGUGAAUCCAUAAAAAGUAAAAGCUGCAACCCUCCUUUGGCAUUUACUAAAAAAGAGGGAAAAAUCUGUAAGCGAGAGGAUGAGAGAAAACGAAGAACUCCUGCCGGGGCUACCCUGGCACUUGGCCGUGCAGUGCCUUGCAAGGGUGCCACUCACAUCACUGUGGGGCGUAUCUCCAGCCUGGCAAGACCUCCUCUACACCUCCAACUAUUUCCAGCGCCUUCGUUCAAGCCUAGGAAUGCCAACAUUCGAUUGGCUCUAUGCGCUCCUCCGAACAGACGACGGCACACUCUGCUGGUUCGCAUACGAUCCUCUCGCCCUAAAAUGGCACCGCCUCCCGCUCAUGCCCAACGACAUAGCCUUCUAUCUCGGUAGCCCCGGGCACAUUGUAGGCCGCUUCCAUACAGUACAGUGCGUUAGCACGCCCGGGAGACUGAUACUACUGGCGGGCUCCAAAGCCGUCGGAGGGGCGCGCACGCACCCUGCCCUCGACCGUCCGCUUAUUUUCGAGGCCGAGGAGCGGCUGUGGAGGCUCGGGGCGCCGUUCCGCGUGCCACGGAAGUGGUGCGUGUGCGGCACGGCGAAGGAUAACAAGGUCUAUGUGGCCAGCGGCUGCGGCCUGGAAUGGGACAUGGCGGUUUCCAAGUCGGCGGAGAUUUAUGAUGUGGAGGCAGAUGCGUGGGGUCCUGCAGAGGCGCUGGGGUCGUCUAAGUUUAGCGGGGAGGCAAUCAGCGCUGUGGGCGUUGGGGGCAGUCUUCAUAUGGUGAGCGGGAAGGGCGUGAUGAUCAAGGACGGGGGGGUUUAUGAUCCCGUUCGCCGGGCCUGGUCUAAGAUGAGUCCUGCUAUUCUGGGCGGCUGGGACGGGCCCUGCGUUGGAAUGAAUGGUUGUUUCUAUUCUGUUAAUGAAUCGGGCGGAAGGCUGAAGGCGUACGUUCCGGAGGAGUCGUCGUGGGUGACCAUUGUGGAGAGCGAGCGGUUGAGCGGGGUGUCACAAUUGGCGGGUUCGCGAGGGAAGAUAUGCGGGAUAAUUGGAGGUGAAGAGGGGGAGAAAAGGAUUAUGGUUGUGGACGUUGUGUGUAAGCGGGUUAUGGAAGUGGAGACUCCCAUGGGCUGCCCCGUUGCAAUCCAGGUGCUUGCCAGAAUGGGUUAGGAUAUCCUAAUUUUCUCUUCACAUCAACAUCUUGACAGCUGAUUCUUGAUUCAGCAAAAAAUCUGUUAAAAAGUUACGAUUGCUUAUCAUUAUCUUGUAUAAAAAAGAACUGAAUUACAGAAGUCAGUUUAAUUAGACGAACUGUCGCAUAGAUUAC